AUGGCCAGCACGCUACGCACUGAGCCACGGGAGCUAUCCAUUGACGAAUGGAACAGUGACAACAGCGACGGCGACAACAACGACAACGACGGCGACGACAACAACGACGGCGACGACGGCGACGACGACAACGACAACAACAACGACGACGACGGCGACGACCACUACGACAGCGACAACGGCGACAACGACAACGACGACAACAACGACAACGACGACAACAACGACAACAACAACGGCGACGACGACGACAACGACAACAACGACGGCGACGACCACAACGACAACGACGGCGACGACGACGACGACAACGACAACAACGACACCAACGACAACGACGACGGCGACGACAACAACAACAACGACAACAACAACGACGGCGACGACGACGACGACAACGACGACAACGACAACGACAACGACAACGACGUCGGCGACGACCACAACGACAACGACGACAACAACGACAACGACGACAACAACAACGACGGCGACGACGGCGACGACAACGACGACGACAACGACGGCGACGACAACAACGGCGACGACAACAACGACAACAACAACGACGGCGACGACGACAACGACAACGACGACAAACACGACGACGGCACAAUUGCAGACGACACCUACGUCAUCGACUCGAGCGACCCGCACAAGCGGGAGAGUCGGCGAGAGUGA